CUAGGGUUUCAUCGUUAUCCACUCCCCCUCUUCUCCACUCCCCCAACUCUGCUUCUUCUCCUCUCUGGAUUUGCCUCACAGCUCGCAGAGAUGAAUGUGGAAAAGCUAAUGAAGAUGGCCGGUUCGGUUCGUACCGGUGGGAAGGGUACAAUGAGAAGAAAGAAGAAGGCUGUUCACAAAACAACCACAACCGAUGACAAAAGGCUUCAAAGCACACUUAAGAGAAUAGGAGUGAAUGCCAUACCUGCAAUUGAGGAAGUCAAUAUCUUUAAGGAGGAUAUCGUCAUCCAGUUUACUAACCCUAAAGUUCAAGCUUCUAUUGCGGCCAACACAUGGGUUGUUAGUGGUACUCCUCAAACAAAGAAGUUGCAAGACAUUCUUCCUCAAAUUAUCCACCAAUUGGGUCCGGAUAAUUUGGAGAACUUGAAGAAAUUGGCGGAACAGUUCCAGAAGCAGACACCUGGCAGUGGUGGGCCCACUUUGGAACAAGAUGAUGCUGACGAUGACGAUGUGCCGGACCUUGUCCCUGGUCAGACAUUUGAAGCUGCUGCUGAAGAGGAGGGCCAUACCCACACUUCUUCUUAGUCGAUUCUCUCCUUAUUCGGUUUUUCUCAUUGCCUAUAUUUCUCUAUGUUUUUUUUUGGAUCUAUUUUGUUAUUUAAUCAUGUGUUAACUGUGAGUUUCGUAACAGAGAGCCGGUGCUUGGAUUUUUAAAUUAGCAAUUAGUAUUCAUAAAAUGCUUUCAUGGCAAUUAUUUAGAAAUCCUCUGAAAGUGCUUAGUAUGGAACUUACUAGUAUGGAUUGUUUCGGUAGAGAAAUCGUGUGUGGGUUGGAUCGUAAUUAGUUAGCACUGUUGGUUAGUUUUUGAUUUUUUGUGGAAGUGCCAAAUUAAUUCG